GCCACAUCUUCGAACCUUUCUCUUAGCCGCAGGCUGCCGGUUCGGGAGGCAACCUUGCAGGUGUCACCCACGGCGGGCUGUGCCCAGUCGAGACGCACUUCCAUGUCUCAGUCUUGUUGAAAUGGCGCAACCUUCGUACAACACGUUCGCCUCGGCCGGCCGCAACGACGUCAAGUCCAAAGCCGAAGCCGAGUCCCUUUCCCUUCCUCUGCCCCUCGCUCCUGCUAAAGGGUCGAAGAGACGAGUUGGUCAGCCGUCCCGCGCCGACUACCUCCUUCUCAAGGCCGCUGCCGUCAUAUCGGCGGUCGGGGUUAUUUUCUGGACGCUACUUCAUGCCGCCCCCUUCGGACAGCGAGUAGUCUCCUUGCCGGAGGAUGGAGCCGCCAAAGGUACUUCAUUCCUCGAUCACGAGGGCCCCAUCAGCGCGUUUGCGGGCAAAACGUUCCUGAAAGAAAACAUCCCGUUCAUCGAUAUCCCCGACUCGCUGGUCCAAGAUGUCUACUACUACCGGUGGACGUCCAUCCAGAGGAAUCUGCGCUACAUCAAGGCCGGGAUAGGCUACAUGUGCACCGAGUUCGUCCAACCUGUCUGGUACGCCAAGGCCUUUGGCACGAUAGACGCCGCUGCCGGUCAUCACAUCGACGAAUCGAGGUGGCUGCGAGACACGUCGUAUGGCGAUGACUACAUCCAUCUCUACACUCGUGGGCCAGCUGACUCGCUCCAGUACACCCAGUGGAUUCUCGAUGCGGCGAGCCGUCGGGCCAUGGUGACCGGGGACGAGGGCUUCUUCGCUGCCCAGCUCGAUGACAUGGUUCGUGUAUGGCAUGAAUGGGAUCACGUAUUCGACAAAGCCGCCGGCCUGUACUAUUACCAGCCGGUGUGGGACGCCCAGGAAUUAUCUCUGCCCGGGUUUAUCGCGGAUCCGAAUAAUACCAACUGGGACUUGAGGAAGGAUGGCCCUGAUACGUUCAGGCCGAGCCACAAUGCUUACAUGAUUGCCAAUGCCAGAGCUAUUGCGAGAGCUGCUCGUCUCGUCCGCCAUUUUGCUCGCGAGGCGGAAUUUUUGAAGCUAGCCAACCAACUUGAAGCCGCCAUGUUACAGCGGAUGUGGGCUCCCGAGCAACAGUUUUUCAUGGAUAUCAUCAAGCCUAACAACCCAAAUUUGACUCGGCUCACCGGACGGGAGCAGGUCGGCGUAUUCCCUUAUCGCUUCGGUAUCGGGCUCGAUACGUUCCAUGCUCAGCCUGCUGUCGACUCUUUGUUCGACCCCGACGGGUUCAUGGCACCAUACGGCCCGACGACGCUCGAAGUACGAGACCCGUGGUUCAUGUCUGUCAGGCCUGAUGCCUACUGCUGUUAUUGGAAUGGCAUGUCUUGGCCGUAUUCGACAUCUCACACUCUGAAGUCACUGGCGGCGAUAUACCGCUCGGGGACUACCAAUCUCACAGCAGAGCAGUAUUUCCAAUAUCUCCAGAUCUACGCGCGAACCCAGCAAAAGGACGGCCGUCCCUACGUCGCCGAGUCCCACUAUCCUUUCUUGAAUGGCUGGACCGCCGAUGGCUGGAAUCACUCCGAGCAUUACGCUCACUCGACGAAUAACGACGACGUCAUCACCGGCCUGUUCGGGAUCCUGCCGCAGCCAGGAAACUCGCUGAUGAUUUCUCCCAUCGUCCCCGAGAAUUGGACGUAUUUUGCCAUUGAAAAUGUGCCGUACCAUGGCCACCUGGUCACCGUGUUGUACGACCAACAGGGAUCAAGAUAUAAAGUAGGGAAAGGCCUGACUGUCUUUGUCGACGGGAGAUGGGUGUUCAACGGGCCGAGGAAGACGGCCUGGGUACCCCUUGCUCCUCCUAUACUACCAGCUGCUCCAUUGGAAAAUAUUGCAGCCAAUCCCACGGGGCCUGGCCAGUAUCCGGCGGUCAAGGCUACGUACACCAAUGCCGGCGACUACGAAUUUAAAGCUAUCGACGGAGUCCUUUACUACGAUUCGAUCCCCGAUAACAGAUGGACUAAUUACAGAUCUCCUAAUCUCAACGAUACCCUCACCGUCACCUUUGCGCGGCCGAGGAGGAUCUCUUCGGUGACUCUCGCACUAUUCUCGGACGUGGCCCGAGGCGGAGGCGUGGAUAUUCCUGCCCGCAUAGAAGUAUACGGGUCCAGCGGAUUGCUAGCUACGGUUAACGAUAGCUCUACCUUGCUGCCUAACGACCGGAACCAUAUACAUUUUCAUCCGGUAGAGACGCAGUUCCUGGCUGUCAACCUAUUCCGAAAGGCGCCCAACCUGUACGUCGGUAUCUGCGAGUUGGAGGUUUGGAUACCGCCCAACUCCGGCUCGACUUUCCACGCAGUCGAUGCUCAUCUCACCGGGCGGGAGACCAGCGUCGUAUUUGACAAGUUCUCGACGGCUGCGGCGAACGGAGCCGUGGUUGGCGGCGUGAGGGAGGACAGCGUCGUCGCCUUCUCCGGCAUCGCCUCUCAAGGCGGGCCCGCUCAGUUGGCGCUCAGCUACUCGAACAUAGGCAACGUGACGGUGGAACUGGGCGUCGAGGUUAACCAGGUGCGCCAAGGGAAUCUGACCCUGUUCCCGGGCCAAGGCAAGUACCUCAGCGCCACGGCCUCUGUCGUGUUGGCGGCGGGAAAGAACUAUGUAAGCCUGACGGGGGGCUCGGAUCGCGUGGAUGUGAGACUCGAGACGUUGAGGGUCUUGUAAAUGCAUAUAAACGGCAGAUGUAUAAAGCGGGUCUAGGAUACUAAUUAAUGCGAUACCUAGCUUGGUGCCUCCUACGUAGUAGAAACAGUUCUAGG